AUUCUCAACACCAACAUAACUCAGUCUGAGAAAACUCAGCUAGUCUUUUUUUUGUGAUUUACAGUUUUCUACAUAAAGUAAAGAUCAUCCAACAAUAAUGUAAAGAGCAUUCUGUGAAAAUGUAACCUUGCUAUCAUUAAUACUGACUGAGACCAUGUUUGAGACUUUAGCCUGGAUUUCACAGACUGGGUCAUGUCCACUAACGUUUUAACCUUUAACUAUAUUUCUGUUAUGAUCUCUCUGGACUGUCAGGUUGCAACAGCUGAGGUGGAACCAGAUGAGCUGGCAGAAACAUGUGACCCAGCAAGUCAAGAGUGUUUGAGUUGUUUUGCAACCACUGGUGAUCAUUAUCAACAGUCAAGAAUGUUCUACAGCGAGUGACUUGGUUUUAAGGUUAAAUAAAACCACAGCGCCACAGCUCAUAAACUUAUAAGAGGUGCUAUGGCUUCCUUAACAAAAGACGAAAGGGAACGCGAUGAUCUUGUGAAACACACCGGAGGUUGUCACUGCGGGGCGGUGCGUUUUGAGGUUUACAGUGCCCAAGAUUUAAACGUGUUCAAUUGCAAUUGCAGUAUUUGCACAAAGAAACAGAACAGACACUUCAUAGUGCCAAAAUCCCAGUUUACCUUGCUGCAGGGAUCUGAUAACCUAACCACAUACACAUUUAACACCCACACGGCCAAGCACACAUUCUGCAAAACAUGUGGUGUCCAAAGUUUCUAUACACCACGAUCUAACCCUGAUGGAUUUGGUGUGGCACCCCAUUGUUUGGAUCCUGGAACAGUGAGAACUGUAACAGUGGAGGAGUUCUGUGGAGAAAAUUGGGAGGAAAGCAUGGAGAAGCAUCAAACUAUUAGGAGCAUGUCAAAACUAACAUAACUGUAACAGUGUAUACUUCAUUUGAGUUAUUUUGUGAGAUUUUCAUACUGCCAUUUCAACCAGGUGACCUAGAAUGUGAACUCCUAAUUUUUAAUAAAACAUGAAAAUGUAUUGCACAGCAAUCAUGGUCAUGUGUUUCAUAACA